GCGCCGCCCCAUCCGCUCGUGCUCAGCGUUUGCCAAGAUGGCGUGGAGGUGCGUGUCGAAGUUGCGAGCGGCGGCUUCUCUGUGCUUGCACUCGGCGUACAGGACGGUGCGAGUCGCCGGACAGCCGCGGAGCCUGAGCACAAAAGCGGCUCUUCUGUCCGCUCGCAAGUUUACAGACAAACAUGAGUGGGUAACAGUGGAAAAUGGAAUUGGUACAGUGGGCAUCAGCAAUUAUGCUCAGGAAGCAUUAGGAGAUGUUGUAUAUUGUGGUUUGCCAGAAAUUGGCACAAAAUUGAACCAACUGGAUGAGUUUGGUGCCCUGGAAAGUGUGAAAGCUGCUAGUGAACUAUAUUCACCUCUUACUGGAGAAGUAACUGAUAUAAAUAAGGCUUUAGCUGACAAUCCAGGACUAGUCAAUAAAUCUUGUUAUGGAGAAGGUUGGCUUAUUAAAAUGACAGUGGAUAAUCCUGCUGAAGUUGAUGAGCUGAUGGAUGAAGAGGCUUAUGAGAAAAUGCUGAAGUCCAUGGAAGAUUGAGCAACCCUUUUUUCCGAGCAAUACAUAUUGCACAUUUGUUCCUGUGUACUUUAGCAGUGGAAGUGGAUUGUGCACCAAUAUCCCAGGUUUAACAAGCAAGAGUAAUAUAUAAGGAGUGCAUUUCGAUGGGAGCCUCUUAAAUUAGACAUUAUAAUGGAAAUAGAUGAGAUAGAUGAGAAUGCUUAAAAAACAUCAAACUGACACUUGGCCUACACAAUCCUACUUGUGAUAUCUGAGCAAUUGAAGAAUGAUAUAUCAGCUGUAAAUUUUAACUAUUCAACUAUAGAUUGUAAUUAACUUCAGUUUAUACUCGAUACAAUGAAACUGGUGAAUAAUGUUUGGAAUUGGUCGCCAUGACACUGAAAUCAUGACGCAGUCUGUCUUCGACCAGUGAAUGCAUCUUCGUGAGUUUUUUUAAAUUUUCGGUUACUGUGUCCUUCUGAAAGCCAUAUUGUUCAAUUUGGAAAUGGCCUUGUUUCUUGCCAUUUUUCUACAGAUUAAACUACAAUUUAAUGGCGGUCAGUUAUUGUGUAAUAAAACUAACCUAAAUGGAAAACUGCACAGCUGUUGUGUCUUG